UAGUAACCGAUUUUGACUUGGUCUCCAACCGACUUAUACACUUACUAGUAUAUACAUAUACAUUGCGUUUUCCGAGUCAUAUGUUGUAAGGUGAGAAAGCCUCCCCCUCCUCCAACCUUCCCUGUUAGAUCGAUUUCAAGAUUGAAGCAAUGGCUGAUUUAAGAGUUAAGAAAGGAAGCAACAAGAAGCAUGGAUCUGUGUCUGUCACCACCAUCAAAUCUCUUCCGAAGGAGUUGCAAGUGGAGAUUUUUGCCAAGGUGGCCACUCGCUCCAUAUUUGACCACUGCAUGAUAAAACUAUGUUGCAAAGAAUUUCUUCACGCCGCCGAGGAUGAUUACGUGUACCGUCACGCCUCCAUGGAGAAUUUUGCGUUGGUGCCGCUGCCAUGGUUCACUGGCAAUAAAGAAUCCUCCUUUCUGAAGCGUUGCAGGGAGAGCGGUAACUCGGAGAUUUUGUACCGUGAAGGAAUGCUUCAAUAUUUCACUUCUUCAAGGGUAGAAUUGGGUCUCAAGAAUUUGAAAGAGGCGGCGCUGGAGGGUCACGAUGAUGCCAAAUAUGUUUAUUGCAUGCUUUUGAUGUGUGGUGAAGAUGAAGGACAAAGAAAGCAAGGUUUUGAUCUCUUUUGUUCCUUGAAAGAGUCCACGUCUGUUAUCAGAUGCAGAAAGAGGGUCAAAUCUUUUGUUCGAAGCAUGUGGCUGAAAAAUAAGCCAAAUGGCAAGUCAUCUUUCUGCGGUUCUGGUACGUGCGAUAGUGAGAGACAGAAGCAGCUUUCAAAAAGAUGGUCGUCUUUUGAGGAUAAAGAUGGUGGUAUUUCAUGCCAACGCUGCGGUGCUGAUCAUGAACUUGGUUUCUUUUGCAACAUGUUUGGAGUCUAAGAAGUUAAAUUUGUCAUCCAGAACCAAUCAAGAAUCAGAAUGGGAAACCAAUUAGUACAAAUAUUUCUAUCUUCAAGUUCUUGUUUUUCUCUCCUUA